AUGUCGCGCCUCCUCGUGGCGUCAUGCCUCCUCGUGGCAGGGGACUUCGUGCUUGGCCUUCGGCCGGAGCAUGCCAUGACAGAGACGGAGAUCAAGAGCCAUGACGCUGAUCAGGACAAGGCGGUGGAGAAGGUCAAGCUAAAUUGCUGCUUCGAUUCUACUGCCCACCGCAACGGAUGCUUCUCGGAUGAUUGCUUCGUCCCGAAGAAAGAGGGCUGGGCUUGCCCGAGUCAGUGCGCUUCUUUCCUGGAGGGCUCGAGCGCUACGGCAGAGACGGAGACCAAGACAUCGGACCCGGUCAAAGACGUCUGCUGCGGGAGAAAAACUUUGAGCGGUGCCAUGGGCAAUAACUUCUGCUCAACGAAGAACGAUUGCUUCACAGAGCCGACCUCUCAGCCCUGUCCGAUGGAAUGCAAGACGAACAAAUUCAGGCAACGCUAG